UCAAGGCUUAAUAUAGAGGACGACGAUGGCAACCUUGUUAAUUCUUUUGUCCUGUUCGGACUCGUUAUUCCUCUCUGUGUCUCUCAGUCCUUUCUUCAGUCUCCUUUGUCUCUGUGAACUCACUUUGCUCCCUCGCUUUUCCGCCGUCAUCAUUUUCAGUUCCUUCUUCUUUGUUCGGAUUAGCCGUUAUCUGCUUCUUAAGGAUUCUCCCCCAUUUUCUAUAUAUUAUGCUCAACAGACCUUCCUGCAUAAAUGCGUUAUUCAAUCCUCAAUUCAUCUCCACACACUCGUCCUUUUUUUAACCUUCACCUUCUCCUCAGAUCUUCCUAUCUCUUCUUCCUUCAUGUCCUCCCUCUUUCUUGUUGAUACUUUUUUAUUCUUCACUUUAUUUUUUCAGCAGCUCCUUCUUCCUAUUUUAUUCCCCUCAACUUAAUCCAUCCUUUCGGUGUUACACAGAUAUUCUCAUCUCAUCCUCGCUGCCAGAGGUGCUCUGACUUUACUCCUUUACUCCAUACACCUCCUUUUAAUCCUCUUAAAUCAUGCAUAUCUCUCUCUUUCCAAACUCCUCCCCUGUUGCCUUAUAACAGUUUUAUAUUUGGCGUACGUGUGCGCCCUGUUUCCACAAACCGAGAGUGCUCACAUAAAUCAUCACAAGCAUAUUUUCUGAAUAUAAAUAGGACAUAAUUGCGCCUUUUUUUCUUGUGCCAGCGAUGUGUUUUCUUCAAUGUUACGGCCUCAUAAAAUUAAAGUAACAUUUAACUUGGAGCUGGCUCAAAUGAGACCAUAACAUAAUGAAGGACGGCACACAAACGUUUCAAGGUUUGCAAAAGAAAUUCUUUAUUAAUAAUUUGCCACUAAAGAAGAGAAGAAAAAGGGAAAACGGUUAACGCAUAAAGUAAUAAACCAAAAAGAGAUGGAGACACGGGGAAACACGGGGGCCAGCCACGCUGUGAGCCGUCGCACCCCGCACUUCCCCACAAACUAAGGAAAAAACAGGCCGAAAAACUAGACCCCCGGAGAUCUCCAACUCAAAUUAAAAUAAGAAAACUCUGCCAUCCCAGACAGGGUAAAAAAAAAACAAGAAUUAACUCAGCUCAAAAGAAAGAAAGCAAACCUUUCCCCCUGCUGCUGCUGCCCCAGUGUGAGAGACAAUGCAGCCUCCCUCCCUCCUCGUUAACCCCCUCCUGAUCUGCAAAUUGAGGUCCACCUGUGGAGGAAAGAACACGCAUAACACCCCCACCCUAAGAUGGAGAAUAAUGGGGGAGAUUAUUUACACAACAAAACCACGUGACAGGGUGUCGGCCAGGACAUUUCUAGUGCCUUUAUUGUAACGAACGAUAAUAUUAAAAGACUGCAGAAACAGUGCCCAACGCGUCAAUCAAUCACAAAAACAAGAGGGUUGUGGUCCGUAAACACUUCUGUCUGUGCACCAGUAGAGCCCACAUAAACCUCAACAUGUUUCAGUGCCAACACAAGAGACGGGGCCUCUUUCUACACCCGCUGAUUAUGGGUAAAACUGGUUGCUCCACCCCAUCAUCUCCCCGCUGGAGUAAGACUGCCCCCGCCCCUGCAUCACUCGCAUCCACAGACAGCUUAAAAGGUCGAGCACCGGCGCACUCCCACUACCUGGCCAUACUGUAACAUUCAAUUAUUUAUUUAAUUGCUUAUUUACUCACAUUACUUCCAUAAAACAUUAUUAUUUAAUACACGUUCUAUCUGAUUUCAUACUAAUUUUAAUUGAAUAAAUUGUAGGAGCUUGACAGACAUACUGGGGUUAAAGUUUAUGAUAAGUAAGUAUGACAAACCUCAUGUGUUAUUCAUGAGAUUCAACACUUUUAUAUUUCCUUUCCUUCCUACCUCCUGCACAUCCGCUACUUUUUUCCAUCUCGGAGGCAAAAAGCCUUUCAAGGGAACACCCACAAAAACCAUCAACAACAAUAAAGCACUUAGCUGUGGAUCUUUGUUUUCACAAAUGUGACAAAUUCAAUGGAGCCACACUCUUUCCUGCCAACAAAUCAAAUCAGAGCUUUGGUCUGGUUCAUUCUGGGCCGGUUUGGUUUAUGGAAAAGUCUCUCACAAACUGGAACCGUCUCAAAAGUGUAAUAUUAUGUUCGUUGUGCUCAUCGGUACAUCUCGCAAAUUGUCUUGUGUGGAGCCACGAUCACUAGAGAAUCGUAGCAGCCUUUAUGUGCUCCUUUUAAGUGCUUCACCUCGCUCGUACCUGUUCUCAGAGAUUGAAUUAUUACAGAGUAAUGGAAACCAUGCAGAGUGCUGUGGGACAUCCUUUUCCCACACAACAACCGUUUAAUCAGAGACAAACAUCGGGCACCGUGCCACAGUGUAUAACAACAUCUAUAUGCGAGCGGAAACAGAGAGACCGAGAAAAGGAUGCGAGGAAACAUGUGUGAUGGAACAUGAAAGCACAUACAAGAGGGAAAUUACUGUAUGUGUGUGCACGCUUUGAGUCAGACACUGAGUUAUAUACAAAUCCAAGAAUAAAAUCCAUAUCUGCAGGAAACCCGGGCAUCGGCAUCGUAAUGGGUCUUAAUUGAAGCAAUAAAAGGGUAAAAAUGGUGAAGACAUUGGCCUGUAAUUGCUCCCUUUCUACUAAAUCCCUCCUGGGUAAGUUGGUACGAAGGUAGUACUUAAAUGAAAGAUUAACAUUGAUCAUCAAACCCAGAGAGUGGUGCAUGUGUGUGUGAAUGUGUGUGUGUGUGUGUGUGGUAGUGGAGUAUGAGCUCAUUUCACACACGACCACAUACUUUCACGCGGUCUGACCAGAGGAAACAUCACCGCCUCCCUACCCGCCACCACCGCCACCACCACCGCGGCCACUUCUGCACAGAUCUCGGUCACGAUCCUCAUUAUUUUUUUUCUCACCUCUCUCCUCUCUCGUCUUUCUUUCUCGUCUGUUUCUUUUUUAAGCCUUUCUUCCCCUCUCCGACCUUGCUCUCUCUCCGGUGAUGUCGUCUCUUCUGAGGGAGGAGAUGCAGAGAGUUUUAUUCCGACCUGGAAAACAGAGAUUGGUGGAGUUUAUUGAGAUCGAAGAGCCGGCACAAGGAAGACAUUUUCUCUGUGUUUCAGUUGCAAAAAACAAAGUGGUCCAGUUAAGUAUCGUGGGAUGUCACGUAUCUCAGACGCCCAUAAAGUCCGGAUCCAAGAAGUCCCACACCAAACGCUCCAGCAUACAGGACUGCUACAAGAUGACGGAGGUCUGGUCCCUGCAGGACCUGACUCUUGUUGACGGACGGGACCCUGAUGUGGACGAUCCCUGUUUCCUGCUGCACUUUGACAAGGUGCGUACAGUGACGGCGACCAGCUGCUCGGCCAAAUACUCCAUCGUGCGAGCCCUGGUUGCCCUGAGUGACCAGCACUGUCAGAGGUCACUGAACCUGCAGAACUUUGACUGGGCCUACAUCAAGCCCACCGCCUUCUACUCGAACAGAGGAGACUGUGUCGUUCUGUCACAGAUAUGCUUCUACGCAUUAAAUCUGGUGUGUCUGUCCAUGUGUCCCGUGCCUCUGGACGCAUAAUGGAGUGACACAGUAAUUGUGAUUGUGUGUGUGUGUGUGUGUGUUGAAUGUGUGUACGUCGGCUUGUGGCUUCCUUUGCACUAACACGACGAUGUUGUUCACUGUGAAAAUUUCUUUUGCAUUAAUACUCUGCUGAAUGUAUCUUCACGGCAAAUGCAAGUUUGAAGCAGCUUGGUAUUUGUUAGCUGUGGUCAUUU